CACCGCGGAUUUGUUCGCCGGCUCAGUCGCGUUCGGCGCGUCGUACGAGCAAGUGUGUUUUUGUUUGUUCUCACCCCAUUUCCAACUUCCUUUUCAUAGCAUUUCCCCAACUCUUUGCCCUGUACUCCGUCCAUCAUUAUUUCCGUCUCGACAAGGAAUCGUUUCUUGCGAUUUUUUUUUAUAUUUUUGACGAAACGGCAAUCCGCGAAAAAAAAGCGCAAUCAAAAGGAUAAUCAAAAAUGCAUCGAACUUAAAAAACCGGCCCAAGGAUUCUCAUUAAAGAGACGUCGAAAACAGUGUCCGGAAGAAUGUUCGAGGAUCACGACUCUCGGCAAUAAUCGCAAAUCCAGUGAAAUCGAUCCGAGGUGAAUCAAAGCGGAAAUCGUUCUUGCAUCAGACAAGGUGAAACAAAAUGAAGUCGUCGGACGCUUAGUUACAAAUUCGUGAGAAGCCAUGAAUUUUUUGUGGCCAAAUCACCGAGUAAAAAACUUAAGACUCGCGAAAUAACCGCGGUGAAGACGAAUAAAGGACGAAAUGUCCGUGGAAGAAAUCGUGAAUAGGACCGAUGAUAAUCACACGUUCCAGAAAGAGGGAUCAACUUGGAAUUUUACGGAUUAUGUGGAUACCAACGUCACACAGCUAGAUGCAAACGCGACGAAGAUCGACUCUUUCUACUUCUACAAGACGGAACAAUUCACGGUCUUGUGGCUGCUGUUCGCGAUGAUAGUCGUCGGUAAUAUCGCGGUCCUAAUCGGCCUCCAAUGGGGCAAACGGCGUAAAACGCGGAUGGAUUUUUUUAUCAAACAAUUAGCGUUUGCUGAUUUAUUGGUGGGCUUGAUAUCCGUGCUAACAGAUAUAAUUUGGAAAACGACGGUGUCUUGGCAUGCGGGUAACGUUGCUUGCAAGCUGAUAAGGUUCAUGCAAGCUGUCGUUACGUAUAGUUCGACAUACGUGCUCGUCGCCUUGUCAAUCGACAGAUACGACGCCAUUACGAGACCUAUGAAUUUCACUGGCAGAUGGUGGAGAGCCAGAGCCUUGGUGAUAAGUGCCUGGGGAUUAUCGGCAUUGUUUAGCGCGCCGAUCAUUUUCCUCUACGAGGAGAAGCGUGUAGAGGGGAAGACACAAUGCUGGAUAGACCUGGGCUCGCCUACGCAGUGGAAGAUCUACAUGAGCUUGGUCAGCUUCACCCUCUUUAUAGCCCCUACCCUGAUAAUAGGGGGCUGUUAUGCUGUGAUCGUGGCCACUAUAUGGUCGCAAGGGGGGGCAUUACGCCAGGGACCCACUAGGGACACCAGGAGGGUAUCGUCUCGAGGACUUAUCCCUAGAGCCAAAGUUAAGACGGUCAAAAUGACCCUCGUUAUAGUGUUCGUAUUCAUUCUUUGUUGGAGCCCCUAUAUAGUGUUCGAUCUCCUUCAAGUUUUCGGAUAUCUGCCAAAGACCCAAACUGUCGUCGCCGUUGCCACUUUCAUUCAAAGUUUAACGACUUUGAAUUCAGCUGCUAAUCCAAUAAUAUAUUGUCUCUUCAGCACGUCGUUUUGUAAAACUGUAAGAAAUGCACAAGUGAUAUCAUGGGUUUCUGGAUGGUGUGCGACGAAUCCACAUCAUUGUUUCGGCACUGGUGCUCCAAACAGUAGCACAAGGACGACAGUGACGACAUCUUUAACGGCUCAAUCUUCGAGAAGAAGCGGUCACAUCGCCAUGUUACAUUCUACAUCUAGGAAACGAGUUAUGGUGUCACUGGUGUAAUAAAUGGACGAUGAAAAAGAAACCUGAUCGCGUUUUCUUGAGUGAGAUACAACUUAAAUCUGCAUAGAAUUCUUUCAUCGAAAAAAAAGUGAGCUCCUUUUGAGCUUCGACGAAGAGACUACGAGUAUUGUUAUAUGUCACCAAAAAUUAUCAAUGCUCCGUCUAUCUUUCUCGUAGACGUGGAUUUCUGAAAUUUUCUUUUCGAUCGUUUAUCCAUUUUUUUUUUUCUGUCUCAGGUAUACGAAAAAUUACGAAAAGAGAUUGGAACUCUCUGUUACAGUACAAACUAUACCUUAAUAUCAGUGCUGUUUAGCCUGCCAUUUUGCAGAUAAAGAAACUUGCGGUUAACCAAAAGAGAUGCUGAGGGUAAAAUUAAUAACAAAACUAGCCGAGCGAUUGUUUAAAAGUUAAGCUUUGGGCCUGUUACGCCUGCUUUUUAUCUAAAGCUUCUCGAUAUUGCCCGAAACUAGCCGAAUAUUGCCGAUUUCGGCUAUCCGAAUGUUGACCGAAGUUUCACGAUAUUGCCCGAACGUUAUUCGCGACUUCUUAUCGCUCUGUACGUACAAGCAACUACUGAACAACACCAACGUUUUACAUUUUACCAACGUACAUAAUUAAUAUUAAAGUCAUGAUUUAGGAGAAAAAUAUGAAUAAAAUAAGUUUUUUAUGCUCACAUUACAUGAUCAGUAUUUAAAGCGAAUUUGAUCGUGGUGUAUGUUUCUUUCAUCCUCUAAUUAAUUCUUUCAGAAUCAAAUCUUUUUUUUGUCAAUUAUUCAUAAUAGAAUCGAUGUUUUUAUAAAAAUAUAAUGCAUUAAAGUUUAAGAUCUGUUUUACCGAACGGAAAUAUAUUCAUUUAACGAUUAAUUGAAGCAUUACAUUGAUUAUAUGCGAUAUCGUAAGAAGGUUAAAAUCAAAGAUUGUUAUAUAAAAUUUUAAAACUGAAAUAGCAAAUAUAAAUAAUUUAUUAAUAAUGACAUACGAAAAGUAAAGAAGUACAACUCGAAUUAUCGACUUGUUGAAUAAAUUUUACUUUGAUGAAGCUGUUUCAAACAUUUAGGAGGAUGGAGGGAACAUUAGCCUGGCGAAUCGAUCAAUUUACGUGGAAAAUGAUACGCUCAAAAUAUACAUAUAUGUACAUAUAUACAUAGCGAACAUCAGCUUCAUGUGUACAUCAUAUACACAUAUGUGUCUAUAUACUGUACGUAUGUAACGUAAGCAUAUACAUAUACAUACAAAUACAGGGUGGUUCAAUAACUUCCGUUACCUUAAAUAUCUCAUAUAUUUCUUUACGAAAGUUGUAUCUAUAGCAUGGAACUAUAAUAUGUAUAUAAUAAUUUUUUUAUACGUGAAAGAAUAACCUGGAUACCAAAAUAUGAUAAAAUAUGAUAAUGUAAUUACAAUAAAAUAAAUAAAUGUUAAAUAAACAAUUUAUUAUCAAUUUAUCAAUUCUUAAAAAAUCCUUAGUGCCUGUGAAACGAAUAAAUUGAGAAGCAAUUUGAUCAUUGUUCUUAUCUUUCUUAGUAAAAAUUUUUCAUGUAGCAUUUUAUUAUUUUUCAAUAUUUAUUGAAAUACAUUUAUCACUGAUAAUCAUUACCAUUAAUAAGUAUAAGAUACCUAUUUCAUAUAUCAAAAAAAUCCUAAAUAGUAUUUUCUAGAAUUAUUUUUUUUAACGAAAAUAUUCCAAAAAAAAAGAAAUAAUAAAAACUUCAUCAAAUUUUAUCAUUUUAUCUACAGAUGAUAAAAGUUAGAUAGUCAAAGUUAUCAAACCACCUUGUAUAAGCAGACACAUACGUGUAAUCAUAAAUGUGUAAUAUAUUCAUGUAUUCCAUUUGCUCGUGAUCGUCGCGAAAAUGUCCCUGCCCUCGGGAAGGGUAAUUUUGCGAGCGAUCUACGAGAACGAUAAAUCGAUGCCCAAUAUUUUUCUCGACUCGAUCGAUGCGGAACAUCGCAAUUGUACAGCAUAUUCACCUUUGUAUCUCUAAAUGACACCGAAUAACCUUUAUAGUAUAUCUACGAACUCUAUUAAGUGAAAUCGAAAGUUCAACGAUAAAAGGGAUUUUCUCGUACAAAGAUUCGAUCGUCGAUGAAAUUGAACGGAGAAUUUAAUCGAGUUAUUUCAACUUUCGUACUGCGUAUCGCGUGUUCAAAUUAAAUCGUACUCUAAUAUAAGUUAUGUUUAAAGAGUAAUAUAGAUGAAAUUGUUUUUUAAAACUCGUUUUAUUCUUUAUUUAUUGUAUAUUUUAUUUAAAAAAGGAAUAUGUUACCAUAUAUUUAUAUUUUCAUCAUUAAAGAAUUUGUACAUAUUAUCGAAUAAAUUCGUCCACGAUAUAA